CUCUUGAGGCCGUGCUGAGGCGGCCCCCGUGCAGGGCCUGGGAAGCCGGUGUCGCGGAUCGGAGGAAGGCGGGCAAGGGAGCGUCACGGGGCGGUGGGGAGGGAGUCGCGGUGUAACGAGGGGAGUGUCAACGGCUUGGGGACGUGGAGGGCCAGUGGGAGCAGGACUCAAUCUCCGGUCUCAGCGUCUGCACCCUGUUAACUUUGGGGGCGCUGCCCGGCUUCCCCCUUCCUGCGAGGAUUCUCGCCUGGCGGAUGAAGGUCGCAGCCUCUGCUUCGGCGCCACAAGCCCUGGAAGCCGACGAUGCAUGGAUCGAGCCCUCACCCCUGACCCGAGUGUUCCGCAACCUGGAGAUUUCUCUAGGUCUCAUCACCCUGCUCAGGAGGCCCAGGGAGCGGGGAGCACCUCUGUUACACCUACAGCUACUUAAAUAAAAAAGGAAUUCUAAAAAGGAGGGUAGCUGAUUUAGGAAAGGAUCAAGAAGUUGCGAAUUUUGUAUUUAUUGUUAGACAUCGUUUUUUUUCUCCCCUGACCUUUCCCUGUUCAGAUAACGCCGGUGUGCUCCCGGGGACUGCAAUUUCAAGGCCUCCUCCCUGCCUCUGCUAGGAGCCCCGAGGCUUGCCAUGGGGAAUCACUUGACUGAGAUGGCGCCCACCGCCUCCUCCUUCUUGCCCCACUUUCAGGCGCUGCACGUUGUAGUCGUUGGGCUGGACUCCGCUGGAAAGACCUCCCUCCUUUACCGCCUCAAGUUCAAGGAGUUCGUCCAGAGUGUCCCCACCAAAGGGUUCAACACUGAGAAGAUCCGGGUGCCCUUGGGGGGGUCCCGUGGUAUCACCUUCCAAGUGUGGGACGUUGGGGGGCAGGAGAAGCUGCGGCCACUGUGGCGAUCCUACACCCGCCGGACAGAUGGACUGGUGUUUGUGGUGGAUGCUGCCGAGGCCGAGAGGCUGGAGGAGGCCAAGGUGGAGCUACACCGAAUCAGCCGGGCCUCGGACAACCAGGGUGUGCCGGUACUGGUGCUGGCCAACAAGCAGGACCAGCCUGGGGCCCUGAGUGCAGCUGAGGUGGAGAAGAGGCUGGCAGUCCGAGAGCUGGCGGCUGCCACGCUCACCCACGUGCAGGGCUGCAGCGCUGUGGACGGGCUGGGUCUGCAGCCGGGCCUGGAGCGCCUGUACGAGAUGAUCAUCAAGAGGAAGAAGGCGGCCCGGGCAGGCAAGAAGAGACGGUGACCCGAGGAUGUCCCCUCCCCACUUAGUAGGGGUCUGCACACUUGGAGAGCCGGGUGGGGCCUGUGGCCUCAGUCAGCCCCGCAUGCAGGACCUGCCCACUUCAAUGAAGGAUGGAGGAGAAUGGGAGGGGGGGGUCCUGUUAUGGUGCCACACUGGGGAGGGAGAUGGGAGAUGGGAUGUCUUUGCACAUUUCUCCCUCAUCCUCCCCUUGGAGAAGUGGGGGCUGCAGGACUGUGGAGGCUUAAAUGUAAACUGUGACUCUACCUCGACCCUGUUUCUCGUAUUUCUUCUCUGGCUUUUUAAUUGGAUGUGUUUGGGGGGGAUGGAAGGUGGCUUGGUGAAUGCAUUUGGGAUGAAUAAGAACUAUCUCCCUUCCCCCAGCUGGGGAGUCUCCCCAGGCUGCUUUUCUAGGGAUGCCAGUCACAACAGUUUUUAUUUUUGUGUCUGUGUGAAAGUGCCAAGAACCCCUCCCUACAUUUGUAGAUCCACGACCCUUUUUAUAAGUUGUGUGUCCUCUGUAUUAUUAUUAUUAACUGUUUUUUAGCCUUUGCCUGUAAGUUAUUAAAGACUGAUGACUCUGUA